AUGUCCUUCGACUACAUCUGUCGUCCGAUCGAAGUACCUCCUCUCUCCCAUGGCCCAAACUUUGAUAAAGAUGCUAUGUCUCUUUCAAGAAAACUGACGUGGAUUAAUGGCGAAAUGUCGCGGAUCUUAUCGCUGCAGGAACAGGUUGGCGGGCGCAGAGAUAGCGCGGAGUUGAGAGAGAGAAUACAGCAUAAGCUGAGAGAAACGGAGAAGAAGUUUGAGUGGACGGAGGCGGAUGUGAAGCUGAUACGACGAUGGGAGGGAAGUGAGCUUUCUCCUUCACAACAAUACACCGCUGAAAAACUCUCGGACACAUUCUCAAAGCUCUUUACCCGUUUUCAGUCCUUCCAGCGAGUCUUGGCCGAAAAUAACACGCAACCUCUUCCAGGUACUCCCUCAGUCUGUGGUUCUAGCGAGACGCCAGUCAUAGGACCUCAGCUGCCUCCAUGUGAAUCGAGGAUAGCCGAUCAAAGAGAGGUUGAACUCCAGAAAGCAAUAAUUUUGCAAAGAGAGCAGGAGGUACUGGCGCUGCGAGAUGGGGUAAAAGAUAUCAAUAAUAUACUCAAGGCUUUGGCAGUUGCUGUUGGCGUGCGGGGCGAUGAAAUAGUGACGAUUGAGGGAAACGUUGAUGGGGCAGUGAGGGAUAUUAUAGAAGCGUUGCUCACACAGAGACGAUGA